ACAACACUUCCCAGGAUUUUGAAUUACAAAGCAGCAGCUCUCUGUGUUUUCCAGGAGAUAGAGAGAGAGAGAGUUCUCUUCUCUGUCUUUGUCACUCUUCUCUCCAUUGGUCUCAUCAUUUGCUUUUUCCACCAACUAAGAAUGCUGUUGCACGUCUUCUGUGUGGUUUGGUCUUCAUCUGUCAUUCUUCUGCAACACAGGUCUGUGCUCUGUAAGGAGAUGAAGUUCCCCGGCAGAGCAGCCAAACCUCCCUCUCCAUCUGACUUCCUGGACAAGCUGAUGGGACGCACAUCUGGCUACGACGCCCGCAUCAGACCAAACUUCAAAGGUCCUCCUGUCAAUGUCACCUGCAACAUCUUCAUCAACAGCUUUGGAUCCAUCACGGAAACAACAAUGGACUAUCGCCUCAACAUAUUUCUGAGACAACAGUGGAAUGACCCUCGACUGGCCUAUAAGGAGUAUCCAGAUGACUCUCUGGACCUGGACCCCUCCAUGCUGGACUCCAUCUGGAAACCCGACCUGUUCUUUGCAAAUGAAAAGGGAGCAAACUUCCACGAGGUCACGACGGACAACAAACUGCUUCGCAUAUUCCAGAAUGGAAAUGUCCUCUACAGCAUCAGGCUGACGCUCACGCUCUCCUGUCCCAUGGAUCUGAAAAACUUCCCCAUGGACAGUCAGACAUGUAUCAUGCAGCUGGAAAGCUUUGGAUACACCAUGAACGAUCUUAUUUUUGAAUGGUUGGACGUGGGAGCGGUGCAAGUGGCUGAUGAUCUGACUCUUCCUCAGUUUGUGCUGAAAGAGGAAAAAGGCCUUGGCUACUGCACCAAACACUACAACACAGGUAAAUUCACAUGCAUUGAGGUCAAAUUCUACCUGGAACGUCAAAUGGGCUACUAUCUGAUCCAGAUGUACAUACCGAGCCUGCUCACUGUCAUCCUGUCCUGGGUGUCGUUCUGGAUCAACAUGGACGCAGCUCCGGCCAGAGUGGGAUUGGGCAUCACUACCGUGCUCACCAUGACAACACAGAGCUCUGGAUCCAGGGCAUCACUGCCAAAGGUGUCCUACGUGAAAGCCAUAGACAUCUGGAUGGCAGUUUGCCUUCUGUUCGUGUUUGCUGCACUACUGGAAUAUGCCGCCGUUAAUUUUGUUUCACGCCAGCACAAGGAGUUCUUCAGGCUGAGAAAAAAGCUCAAAGAGCGACAGCGACAGAGAACUCAGGGAAAUGGUGACAGUAAGAGUAAAGGAAACAACACAUCAGGCAACAGUGCUCCUCAUGGGAGCGUCAGCCAGCAGUGCAGUGUUUGCUCCCGGGAGGACGAGCUGGCACAGCAGGGUUUACUCUUCCAGAGUUAUGGACUCGCACUGUCAGCAGGAAACGUACCAGAGAUGGACGCGACACCAGUGUUUGCUGAUUUACCUCCUGGUUUGGGUUUCUACGACAUACGAAGGCGCUUUGUGGAUCGGGCAAAACGGAUCGACACCAUCUCACGCGCAGUUUUCCCCAUGAGUUUCCUCAUGUUUAAUGUUCUGUACUGGCUCACCUACAAAGUUCUCUGGCAUGAGGACCUUCAAGCUGCACUGUGACAACACAACAACCGAGGACCGUAAAGCCACAGGAGACUUUUACUUCUGCUGCUUUCACUGAAACAUUUACAGGCUGAGAGGCCUCAGCUGAGGCAGAUGUGUUGUGACUGCAUGUCCAGUAUCACGGGGAAAUCCGGCGACAUGGACGAGUCUUCCAGGUUAUUUAAAUUUUAAUACUCCCAAAGAAAUGCACUUCUGAUGCAUUAUACAUCUUAUUCCAUUGUCCAGGCAGCAUAAAUAUCUUUUAUAGACAUAGACAAAAGCAUCAAUUACACUCAUGUCUGUUGUGUUUGUCAUGCAAACUAUGCUGUAUGGGAAACACAGCAUCGACAAAAAAUACAUUAAAGGGAUAUUUCAGAG